AUGGCCACCCUCAUCCCUCGUGCUCCACCACCAAAUCCCCACCGUCACUCCCUUCUCCCCCGACCACCGACCCUAUCCCCCCAGCUCCGCCUAUGCCUCCCUGUUCGCUGCCUCCGCCUCGCUUCCCCGGCUGCGACCAUUGCCACGGUGAUGGCCGCCGUGCCCCCCGAUGACAUCUCGCAGCUCAAUAACCGUCUCUACGCGCUCGUCCACCACCGCUGUGUCUCUUCGGCUGCCACAUCUCCCAUGGACCCCGCCCACGCGGAUGCCUACCUCCACAUGAUACACAAGCAGCAACACCUCGGCCUCCGCCAGCUCCGUCGGCACACGGCCGAACCGGAAUACGAGAGAGACGUUGUAAUAAAUGGGGAGGACAAGGAGGAGGGCGCCGGAAGGAGGAAGGGGAUGGCGGCCAAGAGCUCUUUGGGGCACCGUGUGGACCCUCGUGAGCUGGAGCUCGGCGAGUACGUCGUUCACAAGAAAGUCGGCAUCGGCAAGUUCGUGUGUAUAAGCGGAGAGGAUGGAGAGGACUACAUGUUCAUUCAAUAUGCGGACGCCAUGGCGAAGCUUGCAGUCGACCAAGCAGCACGCAUGCUCUACCGAUACAACCCGUAUACCUCCACGUCUGGAAUGUGGGAACUGGUUUCUGCUGUGGAAAACAUGGAUCAUGCUUACAUAUUUUACAUCCCUCAUGAGUGUCCUGCUUCUCAUGCACCUAUUUGUCAGGCCAUGGACAUUGAGGGCCAACUUAGCAAAGUCAAGGGCAAGGAGAAUAUUGGACUAGCUUCCAAUUUGCAUGAUGUGGAGUCACAGGAACUUCUGCAGCCUUUUGGCUCUGAAAACUUAAGGAAAAGAAGGAGUGGGAAGACACCCCUGGUUGAAACAGAGGUAAGGAGAAGUGAUAGAAUCAAAAAAGAUAAUGCUGGUUAUAAAAGAAAUUCUUGCUCAAAUUCUAGCUGUCUGCCUUGCAAUGCUGCCCCUCCAAUCAUUUCAAAAUCAGUUGUCAAAAACCUCACUGCCUCUUUCUGCAAGGUUGCUGAGGGGGAUCUGGAGGAUAAGCUGCCUUAG